AUUGGUGUAUAGUGUAUAUUUUGUACAGUUUUAUGGAUUUUCCACUUUUAUCAACACCUUUAUCGCUGUUCAUUUUUCACACUUUCGUGACAAUGUUGUCGACGUUAUGGCACUUUGUGAUAUUCGUUAAUUUAAAAGCAUUUAUAAAUGCACUACAGAAAUCAGAUGAUUAUAAAUUAAGCGUUCUAGAACCGUUGUUAGUGAACUGCGGUAUGCUUCGCGGAGUGUGUCUCAAGAGCGGUGCGUGCCCGUGGGAGCGGAUCAUCCCGGACAACGCCGAAGUUUGCACGCGGCGACAUAACAACCUCAUCUGCUGCGAGAUUGCGAGAAUCAGGAUGCCAGUCGACAUGUUCGUCGCUUAUGAAUAGAGUUGUUAAUCAGUUGUGUUUCCUCUGAACAUAUUGAAAUAAUACGAAUUGUGUUCGCGUUAAUGAAUAUGCUAUUACACUGUAAGCCACAACAUCUAUAAAAAAUAUUGAUGCUGCUUCGAUAAUAAUAGAUUCUAUUAAAACUAAAUAUUUCAAAUGUAUAAAUCCAUUGAAUUUAUUCAAAUAUAAAUUAAGAAAGUUA